AUGAAUGUGGAUGAAAGAAGCCGGAUUGGGGGUAGAGAGAAGGAUGCGGGGCCCGGGAAAGGCAUUCUUAAGCAGAACCAAAGCUCGCAAAUGACUUCAAGCUUUCUAGAGAACCCUGGUGUUCGUAUUCCUACCAGGAUUAUAACAAAAAAAGAAGUAUUAGAUGGUAGUAACACGACAUCCAGGAUCAAUACUUCUAAUUUACAGAGUAUGGUAAAGAGAAGAGUUUCAUUCGCUCCCGAUGUUACGUUGCAUAGUUUUACUUUCGUACCUGAACAAAACAAUGAAAUUAAGGAACCAAGACGUAGAAAAACUUCAACCAACAGCCCUACUAAAAUAUCUAGUCAAGAAGAGCCUCUUGUAACGUCUACUCAAAUCGAUGAUGCUCGUACGGAAGAAAAAACAGCGGCAGAAGAAGAUCCCGAUACAUCUGGGAUGGAAUUGACAGAACCUAUAGUGGCGACACCGGAUAGUAACAAGGCUUCACAGCAUGAUCCCACAUCAAUGGAAAUGACUGAAGUUUUUCCUCGGAGUAUCAGACAGAAAAAUCCAGAUGUAGAGGGAGAAAGCAUUGAGUCAAGUCAACAAAUCGAUGAUGUCGAGGCAGUGCGAGAGGAAACAAUGGAAUUGACGGCCAUACAUAAUGUACACGACUAUGAUUCAAUUUCAAAAGAUACAGUAGAGGGCGAACCAAUAGAUCUGACAGAAUAUGAGUCUAAACCUUACGUUCCAAACAGUGUCUCACGCAGUACCGGGAAAUCCUCUGACUAUAGCGUGGAAAGAAGUAACGAUAAAAGCGACCUUUCAAAAUCUGAAAAUAAGACGAAUUCCUCUCAGCCGAUGGAAAUUACAGAUAUAUUCCAUGCUGAUCCACAGAACCCUAUGAGUCUACACAGCGACAAUAACAUCAAUAAUGAUGGUAAUGAGAUGGAACUCACGCAAAUACAGACAAACUUUGACCGCGACAAUCACCACAUUGACGAAUCUCCCAGCGAAAAGCAUGCGUUUUCUUCUAAUAAGAGGCGCAAAUUGGAUACUGUCUCUGAUUAUGCUGCAUCGGUUACGACACCAGUCAAAGAGGCAAAGGAUACUAGUGGAGAGGACAAUGAUGGUGAUUUAGAGAUGAUGGAGAAAAUGUCACCCAUUACAUUUAGCGAUGUUGAUAAUAAGAUUGGGACGAGAUCCAAUGAUGUGUUCACUAUUGAACCCGGUACUGAGGAUACUGGCAUGCAAACCGCGACAGACGAUGAAGAAGAUGGGGAAAAUGUCGAUGAUAACGGGAACAAAAUAGUUGAGAAAACAAGACUCCCCGAAAUAGACAAGGAAGGGCAGUCUGGUAUAGCCCUGCCUACUCAAGACUACACUUUGCGGGAAUUUAUAAAUGAAGUGGGGGUAGGGUUUUUAGAUACCAAACUGAUAGAUGAUCUCGACAAGAAGGUCAAUUUCCCGCUUAACAGCUUUAAUUUUGUGGAGAAUCAAAGGAUAGAUAACGUAUUUUCUGCCUUCUAUAUCGAUAUACCCAUUUUAGAAGUGGAAGCAUUCAGAUGCAAGGAGCUUUGGAGAAGUAUUAAUGAAUCCAAGGAUAAAUUCAAGGACUUUGAGGCCCAAAUUGAUAAAUCCCAUCCCCCUCUUCUGCUCCAGGAGUAUUUUUCCUCGGAUGAGAAAAUGAAGCAAUUGAUGAGGGACCAGCUACAGUUGGUCAAAGGAUAUUCGAAAUUGGAGGCAGCAAUGGAAUGGUAUGAAUGGAGGAAAAAGCAACUAAAUGGUCUGGAAUUAAUUUUGGCAGAAAAUUUGAAUACCUUGAAAAGGGAGUACGAAAAAUUAAACGAAGAAGUUGAAAAAGUUAACAGCAUCAGAGGCAAAAUACGAAAACUUAAUGAAGCAAUAAAGGAAGAGAUAAGGUCCCUAAAAAACUUACCAUCCGAUUCUUAUAAGCCUACUUUAAUGAAUAGAAUAAAAAUUGAGGCUUUCAAACAAGAGUUAAUGGAACAUUCCAUAUCGUUGAGUUCUUCCAAUGAUUUUACCCAAGAAAUGCGUUCACUUAAAUUAGCUAUUGCAAAAAAAUCUAAUGAUAUACUAACUUUAAGAAGUGAAGUCGCCUCUAUAGACAAGAAAAUUGAAAAACGAAAACUGUUCACACGGUUUGACUUGCCAAAAUUACGAGAUACUCUCAAAAUUUUGGAGUCAUUAACGGGGGUACGCUUUCUGAAAUUCUCAAAGGCAACACUUUCAAUUGCAUUUCUUCAACUGGAUGAUUUGAGAGUGGAUAUUAAUCUAGCAAACUUUAAAAAUAAUCCGUUAAGUUCUAUGAAAGUUAUGAAUGACAGCAAUAAUGACGAUAUGAGUUACCACUUAUUCACAAUGUUGUUGAAGAAUGUUGAAGCCGAACAUCAAGAUAGCAUGCUUUCGAACCUUUUUUUUGCUAUGAAAAAGUGGAGACCAUUAUUGAAGUAUAUAAAAUUACUAAAGCUCUUGUUUCCGGUGAAAAUUACUCAAACUGAGGAAGAGGAAGCGCUUUUGCAGUUCAAGGAUUAUGAUAGAAGAAACAAGACUGCAUUUUUUUACGUUAUAUCCCUUGUCUCAUUUGCUCAGGGCGUAUUCUCGGAAAAUGGGCAAAUUCCAAUGAAAGUUCACAUAAGUACUCAACAAGAUUACUCACCGUCACGGGAAGUCCUCUCUGACAGGAUAACCCACAAGAUCAGUGGAGUUCUUCCUUCAUUUACGAAAAGUAGAAUACAUUUAGAGUUUACGUAA